UCCAUACCCACCCUCUGAUCUCUCUCUCUCUCUCUCUCUCUCUCUCGCAUGCGGAUAUUAUUAAUACCCUCAUCCCCUUCUCCAACUUUCUCCACAAAAAAAUGACCAAACCAAACCAUUUCCACAAGCCUUCCCUUCUUUUUCCUCUAUACAGGAUGAGUACCCUUCCGUCUGUCUGACCUCAUGCUUUCUAUGUACCUUUCUUGUUAGUUUCAACCAUGAUGAUGAGCUUUUGCAAGAAGAGCGUUCACUCUUUUCUAGGCCUCGCUACUUCCAUAGACACCACUUCUACUUUCUCAAACACCGACAAACUCCCUUAUAGAUUUUACCACCAUAACCACCAACACCAUAUUUCUUCUUCGCUUUCAGGAGGCUUAGGUCUAGUCACUGCCACUGACGCUGACGUCCAACGCUCGCCGAACGUUCUUGAAUCCUCGUCGGUUAAGUCCACACAGUUGCCAUCUCUGCCUUCGGCUCCUCCGAAAAAGGAUCUUGGCGUAAUAGGUUUUAUCGAUGAUAUGGGAGGCGGAGUCGACGGGUUGAUGUCGUGCACGGAGAGUCUAGGGUUUGAGAGCUCCGACGAGAGGCGCUUCGACGACAAGAUUGCGGAGGGGAUGGUUGAGAAUGAUGGUAAUUCACGUAGUUUCCAAUAUCGGAGGAGCACGCCAAGAAUGAAAUAUUGGAGGAAGCGGGCCGGAGGGGAGGUGAAGAAGUUCCCGCCGCCGCUUUCGUCUUUGAGGCCCAACGGCCAGCGGAAUUUCUUUCUCCGAGCGGUGAGGAAGGACGGGCGGCUCGAGCUCACCGAGGUGAGGAUUGAUCGGACAGAGGUUCUCCGGGCUUCACGACAAGAUGGACGGUUGAGAUUGCACCUCAUCAGAGAGAACGAUAUCCAAGACUGUGCAGAAGAAGUAGAAGACGGGAAUCGGGUAGUACAGCAAGAAAUAGGGCCAGAACAAGAGGAGGAGGAAGAAGAGGAAGAAAAUGAAGUAGUAGUAGUAGUAGUAGAAAAUGAAGAAAAAGAAAAUGUAAAAGGGAUUGAAGAAGAGAAGGAAGAAGAGAAAUUUGGGGAGUGGAAGCUGUUUCCAGGGAGUGGGGAGGGAUUCAGGUGGUGUCACGCGCUAGUGAGCCACCAUGAACAUCACCACCACAACUUGCAUGCGUGGAGGCAGCAUUGUGUGACAAUCGGGUGAGGUUAACUAGCAUUUUUUCUUGCAUUUCUGGGAUUGCAAAAGGCAUGAAGUUGCAUGUCUUUUUGGACCCUGUCUGCAGUUUUCUGCAAUGUGUUAUCUGCUAGUUGAAUUUGGUCGCCAGAUAUGUUUGAUAUGUCCCAGCUGAAAUUUGGUGCAUAUAACAGUACUACUGGAAUCUCUGUGGCUGACAGCAACUGAAGGAGUCUGCAUCGCUACGGGGGAGAGAUCAGAGAGAGAGAGAGGGACAAGAGAUGGUGCCAAAUUUAGAAUUUUUCUGUUACAGCAGAAGGUAGUUUCACUUUCAUCUGUCCAAAGCUCAUCUUCAAUAUCAAAUAAACAAAAAAAUAAAGAAAUAAAGAACAAUAAUUCAAUA